GAAUGACUUACAUGUGAAUGAACCAAUACGAAGAGGGUUUCAAGACCGGAACUAGAAGCUGAGUGAGUUGUGGAAUAAACUGAAGCGGAGGAUACCUUUGAGAUGACUUCCACACUGACUCAAGGUCUAGAGCGCAUCCCAGAUCAGAUAGGAUAUCUUGUGAUGAGUGAGGACGGAGUACUGGCGAGUGCUGGUGACUUGGAAAAUGAUGAGCGACUGGCAGGAGUGAUCAGAGAGAUGGUAACUACAGCCUGCAGUUUCAAUGCUCUGGGAGAUCAGUUGCCAUUCAAGCGCAUGAGCGUUGUAUUUGGAGAACAUUCUUUCCUUGUCACUGUUUCUGGUCAGAAGAUUUAUGUGGUAAAACGGCAGAAUAUCAUAAGGGAGCCAGUCUGUGUCUAACCUCUCAUUACUACCAUGUGUUUCUGGUUUACUAUGCUGAUUUAGUUAAAUGAUGUUACAUUUACAAGCACAUACACAUUAUUAUUGUUCAUUUCCACAUGAAGAUAUUUCUAAUAAAGUUUAUUUAUUAUACUGUAAA